GUCCUGGCGUCAUUCUUGUCCUCAGAUACGCACCAAGAUCCGGAAUUGAGUCCACGGUCUGAGAGAAGCGUCUGCACUUUUCUUCUUUCUGUGCGAACUACCCGUGUUUCUUCAAAUCGCUGUUCGCUGCAAAGAGGAAGCCGCCUUCAGAUACAGCCAUGCAUCCGGCAUCCGCUAAGUGGUACGACAGGAGGGACUCUGUUUUCAUAGAGUUCUGUGUAGCUGACAGCAAAGAUGUCAAGGUCAAUUUUGAUAAAACAAAGUGUGGUUUCAGUUGUGUUGGAGGAAAAGACGAUGUCAGGCACGAGAAUCUAAUUGACCUAUUUGAAGCCAUUGAUGAAAAUGAAUGUAAGCAUAGACGUACAGAUCGAUCAGUUUUGUGCUAUUUACGAAAAGCUCAGCCUGGGACCCCUUGGCCAAGGCUAACAAAAGAGAAAGAAAAGCUCACAUGGCUUAAAGUUGAUUUCAACAAUUGGAAAGACUGGGCUGAUGACUCUGAUGAGGAAAACUACGAUCAAUUUUCAGAUUUGAUGCACAACAUGGAUGGCGAGGAUGACAUUCCAGAUCUAGAAGAUGAGGACAGUGAUGAUGAGAAAUUGCCUGAUUUGGAAUAGUCUGCUGUAUAAUUGCAAGAAGACAAAAUUAAAGAACUGACGGCAGGAGGCACACACAUUGAAAACAACUGUACAUACAUCUGAGUCAGUAGCCAUAUUUAAUGAAUAGUCUUCAGAUUGUGUAAAGAUCAGUCACUGAAGGUUGUUGCAUGGUUUUGUACAGAGCAGCUAUCUCCACUUCCAUUCGCUGUACUGCACCUUUUGGGUAUCCUCUUUUACUGUUAGCCAUCAUAACAACUAAGCACACAUUAACAAAUACAUACAAAUGGUAGUGUUGUUUGCAACCAAGCAAUAUGUGUAAUUUACAUUUUUCUAAUUUUCUCAUUUUCUCGUUUUAUAUUAAAAGCUUUGCCCAUUCCAAAAGACGUGGUUUUAAAUUGAUAAGAGUAGUUAAUGGCCAUGAAAGAUCCUUGUAUCCACCCAAAAAGUCUAAUGAACUUUGUUGAUAAGAUUUCUCAAUAAUACAUUUAUUAUCAAUUGGGUAUCCAGAAGGCCAGUAAUUAUUGCUUACAUGUAUUUCUUCAUUUCUGUUUGAUGUGUUUGUAAAACAUAGUUGCAUUUUCUGAUAUCAGCUUUGGUAUUUAUGUUGAGCAUCUAAUCUUUAUCCUUCCAAACUCAUGAAACAUGCACUAAUGUUAAGACUGCAGGGUGUAGUGAUGUAAUGCAGUAAUGCAGCUUAAGACAACUGUUGGGAUGUCAGCAGUGUAUAGUUUAUUGCUGUUCUUGAAGUUCAUUUUACCAGAAGACCGUGUUCAUAAUCUGAUGUGUAACAACCCAGUUAUGUCAAUAAAAUGUGAGGGGAUUCAAUGUAACUUUUCAGUGAACAAUUCUUUUUUUUUUUAUUGUCUACAUCUUUCUAAUAAACUGUUUAUGAAAUUA